AUGAAUGAAAUGAACCUGAGCCCUGUAGGGAUGGACCAGCUGAGCUCGUCCUCUGUCAGCAAUGCCCUGCCCGUCUCGGGGAGCCACUUGGGACUGGCAGCGUCGCCCACUCACAACGCCAUCCCAGCGCCAGGCUUGCCUGUUGCGAUUCCAAACCUGGGCCCCUCCUUGAGUUCCUUGCCCUCUGCUCUGUCUCUGAUGCUCCCAAUGGGUAUUGGGGAUCGAGGAGUGAUGUGUGGUAUACCAGAGAGAAACUACACCCUACCUCCACCACCAUACCCUCACCUGGAGAGCAGCUAUUUCAGACACAUUCUACCUGGUAUCUUAUCUUACCUGGCUGACAGACCUCCGCCUCAAUACAUUCAUCCCAACACUAUCAACGUGGACAGCAAUUCAGCGCUGUCGGUCCCCAGCAACCCCUCGGCCCUGGACCCGUACCAGCCCAGCGGGACCGUGGGGCUGGAGCCGGGGCUGGUGUCCAUGGACUCCCGCUCGGUCAGCGCGCACGGUGCCCAGAACCUGCACCCCGCCGAGAGCCACGAGGUAGCUCUGGACACCGCCAUCAGCAUGGAGAGCGUGUCCAGGGUGACCAGCCCCAUCUCCACCGACGGCAUGGCGGAGGAGCUCACGAUGGACGAUGUAGCAGGGGAGCACUCGCAGAUCCCCAGCGGCUCCCGGAGCCACGAGCCUCUGAGCGUGGAGGCGGUGGGGAGUAACCUGACGUCGGAGGCGGUGGGGCACGGCGGCGUCCUCCCCAUUCACAGCAGCACUUUGGACCUCCCCGUCGUCAUGGAGCCCGACCACAUCGCCGGGCGGGUGACGGGGAUAGCGGACAGCACACUAAAUGACUCCAUUCAUACUGUGGCCAUGAGCACCAACUCUGUGAGCGUGGCGCUCUCUACCUCACACAACCUAGCUUCCCUGGACUCGGUAGCCUUGCACGAAGUGGGCCUCAGCCUUGAGCCGGUGGCGGUGUCUUCCAUCAAUCAGGAAGUAGCCAUGGGGCCAAGCCACGUGGACGUGUCUGCGGACAAUCUGGCUUUCGUACCGUCCUCCCUGCAGAUGGAAGACUCCAACUCGAACAAGGAGAACAUGGCAACCUUGUUCACCAUCUGGUGCACGCUAUGUGACAAGGCGUACCCAUCGGACUGCCCGGAUCACGGGCCCGUCACCUUCGUCCCGGACACCCCGAUAGAGAGCCGAGCCAGGCUCUCCCUCCCGAAGCAGCUGCUCCUCCGGCAGUCUCUCAUGGGAGCCGAAGUGGAUGUCGGUCUUCUACUGCUAGGUGUGUGGACACGAGAAACCAUUCCUGUCAGGACUUGUUUUGGACCUCUGAUCGGGCAGCAGAGCCAUUCUCUGGAGGUGGCUGACUGGACAGACAAAGCAGCUAGUCACAUCUGGAAGAUCUAUCACAACGGUGUCUUGGAGUUCUGCAUCAUUACAACGGAUGAAAAUGAAUGUAACUGGAUGAUGUUUGUACGCAAAGCCAGGAACCGGGAAGAGCAGAAUCUGGUAGCUUAUCCUCACGAUGGAAAAAUUUACUUCUGCACCUCCCGGGACAUCCCACCUGAACACGAGCUUCUCUUUUAUUACAGUCGGGACUACGCACGCCAGCUCGGUGUCCCCGAACAUCCAGACGUGCACAUCUGCCACUGUGGAAAGGAGUGCGCUUCCUACGCGGACUUCAAGGCCCAUCUGAGCAGUCAUAUCCACAGCCACCUCCCCAGCCAGGGCCACAGCAGCAGCCACGGGCCAGGCCACGGCAAGGAAAGGAAGUGGAAGUGCUCCAUGUGCCCCCAGGCUUUCAUCUCCCCUUCCAAGCUCCACGUCCACUUCAUGGGGCACAUGGGCAUGAAGCCGCACAAGUGCGAUUUCUGCAGCAAAGCUUUCAGCGACCCCAGCAACUUACGGACGCACCUCAAGAUACACACAGGCCAGAAGAAUUACCGCUGUACCCUCUGCGACAAGUCGUUCACCCAGAAGGCUCACCUGGAAUCGCACAUGGUCAUCCACACCGGGGAGAAGAACCUGAAGUGCGAUUACUGUGAAAAGCUCUUCAUGCGGAGGCAGGACCUCAAGCAGCACGUACUUACUCACACGCAAGAACGGCAGAUCAAGUGCCCCAAGUGUGACAAGCUGUUCCUGAGGACAAAUCACCUGAAGAAGCAUCUCAACUCACAUGAAGGAAAGAGGGACUAUGUCUGUGAAAAAUGCACCAAGGCUUACCUAACCAAAUAUCACCUCACUCGCCACUUAAAAAUAUGUAAAGGUCCCACAUCCAGCCUGUCAGCCCCGGAGGAGGAAGAGGAGGAUUCCGAGGAGGAAUUAAUAGACUCAAUGAGGACUGAAGACUGUAGGAUUAACAACGGAGUCUAUUCAGCAGGUGAUGCCCUCACUGGACACAAAUGAAGAAAAAUGGAGAGGGAAAUUUUAUUGGACAUUAAAACUGGGGAAGAAGAAAAAAAACACCACAAAAAAACUCAGUUUCCCCAGUCAGCGUAUGUCAAAUUCCUUUUGUUUUGGUCUCCCCACUAUCAGCCACUUAAUGAACUCUGUAGCCAAAACACUGAACGAGAACGGAUCACGCACUUACAGAUGCUAAGAAGGAAAGGUGAGGAACGGAGAUGUUUCACACACGCUGUGCAUACUUCUUUUCCAAAUCACUCAGAUUAAUCCAUCCAGCGCUAGGACACACGACACACCUCGCAUCGUCCUUUGAGUGAAGAGCCACAACCCAGAAACGUAGCCGAGUGGUCGCCGUAACCUGUAAGCCAACUGUCCUUAACUGCCAAAGCCCUGACAGUAAGAAAAACAGAAAUGCUGGUGGCAGUUGAUGUGUUUUUCUUUUUAAUACUUUUUAACUGAAGGAUGUGGUUUGGCACAGAGCAAAGAAUGUCAGUGCUCAGGGUUCCUUCUAAAAAUAAAAAAUAAUGCUUCGGUUGGAAGUCAGUGAGAUCAGCAUUAGAAGACAAAGCAAUUACCCCGCGCUACAGAAGGGUUCAGAAAACCAAAAAUUGGCUAUUGGAGAAUGGUUACUGCCUCUCCUCACUCUUGUUCGCCAGAAUAAGAAUGUGAAGAGGUAAAGGCUGCAGACUCGUAAGGAAGAGGCUUACAGAUGGUCUGUGUUUACAGUAUGCAUUACGUCUUAUGCUGUAAACCUUUUACCACCUAGAGUGAUGGGAGGGUUUGCUGCUACUAUUAUUUAUGGAAUGAAAAUGUAUUUCAUUCACUUUUUUUUUUUCCUGGUAAAAA